UUGAUUGAUGACAGGCCGCUCCAGGCAGGGACAAUCUGGUCCCAACUGCCCUCUUCCUCCAUCAAUGCCACCUUGGGGACUCUCAGCCAACCGGGCAGUCAGGGCUCACGGGACCAGAAUUAGGGCUGCGGCUCUGAGUGAGGACCUGCUACAGGGUUCCCACGCGGGCUCCUAAGAGUCUCCUGAGAACCACUGGAAUUUGCAGCAGUGGCUCCGUGACAUGCAACUCCCAAAGGGCGGUGCGCGGGCCCUGUCCUUGCCCCCUGACCUCUGCUUCCUUUCAGCACCAUGAAGCUUUUCACGGGCCUCGUCUUCUGCUCCUUGGUCCUGGGUGUCAGCAGCCAAUGGUAUUCGUUCUUUGGCGAGGCUGCUCAAGGGGCUUGGGACAUGUGGAGAGCCUACUCUGACAUGAGAGAAGCCAAUUACAUAGGUGCAGACAAAUACUUCCACGCCCGGGGGAACUAUGAUGCCGCACAGAGGGGACCUGGGGGCGCUUGGGCGGCCAAAGUGAUCAGCGACGCCAGAGAGAAUUCUCAGAGAGUCACAGACUUUUUCAGGCACGGAAGCAGCGGCCACGGAGCAGAGGACUCGAAGGCUGACCAGGAAGCCAAUGAAUGGGGCCGGAGCGGCAAAGACCCCAACCACUUUCGACCUGCGGGCCUGCCUGAGAAGUACUGAGCUUCCUCUUUGCUCUGCACUCAGGAGAGGGGCUGAGAGCCCCCUGAGGGCAGGGACACGGAGUCAUUGAGUUCUCUGUCCACAGAGGCUGAUGGAGGGCACCUGAAAGGUGUCUAAUAAAUGCUUAAGAGAUUGUU